AUGCCCAGCAUGUGGCUCACGGAUAUGCAGAAGAUUGGCGUCGCGUUUUGCUCAGGAGGUGGACUGUUUUUGUUCGGUGGUGUCCUCAUGUUCUUCGAUCGCUCGAUGCUAGCGAUGGGAAACAUCCUAUUCCUUAUCGGCCUUACCCUGAUCAUCGGAAUCCAAAAGACCUUUGUCUUCUUCGCCCGGCGUCAAAAACUUAAAGGGACAGCUGCAUUCAUGGCAGGCAUCCUUCUGAUUCUGUUUCGGUGGCCACUGACCGGGUUCCUGGUCGAACUGUACGGGAUAUUCGUCCUCUUUGGCGACUUCUUUGCGACUAUCGCAUCCUUUGCCGGUAAUAUCCCUGUCGUGGGUCCAUACAUCCAGAUGGCUCUCCAGAAAAUCUCGAGCGGACGCCGGAAUGCAGAAUUGCCGGUAUGA